AUGGUUGAUAAUGUCAAGUGCUUGAAUCCUAGAGGUAGUUCGUACACCUUUGGUGGGCCGGUUUACGUGUUACAAGCUUGGGCAUAUGAUUCUAUCAAAUGCUUAGGAGAACGAUUCGGGAAUUUAGUCGAGAAUGAAGAGAUCACGUUGUUUCGAUGGCCUGGGACCCGUACACGUUCAGCAUUAGAUGUGGCCAUUGCUGAAGAUAUCAAAAAGUAUAGUGAGCUGCGUGUGAGUACAAUGGUGAUGAAGGGUGAUGUAAGUGUGCUUUUUCAUACGUGGCCAAAUCAGACAGAAGAAUACCCAGAACUUGUCAACUUGGUCAAUGACAUACAUGAGGAAAAGCUUGUUAAAGGUUUUUGGGAUGUGAAAGUGAAUGAGGACAAGAAGAAAGCUGGAAAAGUUAGAGCAGCGGUUGAGUCUGAAUCUCCCGCUAAGAAGCAGAAAGUUGAGACCAUGAAAUCAAAGGUUGAGACCUUUGAUGAUAAGUUCACACAUGUUGAUGAAGAAUUCAUCAAGAUGAAAGGCCUAAUUUCCUUCGUUGCCAGAGGUGGAGGCCUAGCUGGUCUCAUGAGUGGAGAACUUGCUGAAGAUGUUGGUAAGAUUCCUGUUGUGAAAUUCAAAUUCCCACAUGAAAAGAGUCAGGGUAAGAAGGUUGUGGUUGACGACAACAAAGGGGACAACAAAGCUUGUGACAGUGAUCUAGAGGAUAUCACUGACAAUAAUCCUUUCGAGAACUUCAACGUCUUACCUGAAUCUGAUGUUGAUGAGGAAGAAAGGAUUAGGAAUGAAAGGAUUAAGGAAUUAAGGACAGCAAAUGUGAAGUUUGCUAAAGAUGGGAGUGCAUUGGAGCCACAGCCAAAAACUCAUGUUUUUCCUUUUAUUGGAGAGAACGGGCUUACAUGCAUGAGGAAGAACUGUGUACCCUCUGUUGCAAUAUAUGAUCCUUUCGCCCCUGUUGAUCCGGCCAGAUUGGAGAGAUUAUUGGAUCACUUAAGUCCAUACAAGGCUAUCCCAUAUGGCAAGUCAGCCCCUGAAAUUGAAUUGUUCAAGAGACUCAUCACUGCUUUACUCGUUCAUGAGUAUAAUAAAGCAUUCAAGGAAAGACCACAAAGGUUUAAAGUCGAUGGUGGACCUUAUGAGCGGGUUAUUAACGGGAAAAUGCUUGUAGAUCAGCCCACUGAUCUGAACAUUGUGGGUCAGGUAACACCUGAAAGUGAACAAAAUAUCAUGAAGUCUGUUAAGCCGUUUGCGCAGAUGCUUCCAGCAAUGCUAAACGCAUUAGUCCCUGCUGAAAUCCGUCAACAAAGUAAGGCGAUGUUUUCCUUCAGAAGGAAGAGUAUAUCCAAGGUCCCUCAAAACCUAAAUCCUGGGGACUGUGGCGUGUACUCUCUCAAAUUUGUGGAAUGCCUAGCACUCGGUGUUAGUUUCGAUGGCCUCUGUGAUGAAAAUAUCCAAGGUAUACGGCUGAAGAUGGCAGCAGACAUUUUCGAUGAGGCACCGGAUUACCUCAACCAGUUUCAGUAA